CCGAAAUUCCGCACCGCCCAUCGACGGAUCUGUCGUCAUGAGCGCCGCCGAGUCCCUUCUCGUUCUCUUAGCAGGACAAGACCAACCAGCUGAGGCAAAGGACCGAAGGAAUGCUGUCCAGCCCCUCUUGCCGCUCUUUACACGGUUAAUGCAUACACGAGUUUCCUCUGAAGUGCCAACGGAUUCUCGCGUCACUCUGCAAGAUCUGCUGCAUGAUCAACCUGAUGCGACACUUGGCAAGGAGCUUGCGAUCGCUUUCCGUCAGAUUACGUCCAUGGAGUCUAUCAUCCAGAGGUCUACGUGUUUCGAUCCGUCCAUUUUCCCCGACACGACAAACGAGCGCGCCACACUUCACCGCAUUGAAUGGACGCUGGGAACCCUGUACGUGGCACUUGAGUCUAGACGGGAGAACAAUUCCCAGCGACCAUUGCCAUGGAUUUGCGGCAUUGCCAACCACAGUCACGUGCUGGAGCUGCAAUGCAUCCUGAACCACGCUCUUUCCCGUGACUGGCUUCCACUACCUCCACUGGUGUCACUUCUGCUCGAAACAUCCAUCGGCCGCAUACUUCUCCUCGGCAUCGUCCAGAACGACCCGAGCGCCAUGACAUCCGUCGUCGAUCACAUUCUCCUGACCAUGCGCCAGAACUCAGACAUGGACUCCUUUGACUCAACUCACUUAAUCCUCGUCACGAUUGCUGCGAUGUCCGUGCCCGCCGCCCAUGCUGUUCGAAGGCAAUGCCUCGGGGGAGACUUUGCUUUUGCUGCCGCGAUUGCGCUGGACAUCACGAAUCUGUACCUUCGCGAUACGCCUGUCUUUUUGACCAGCGUCAUGCAAAGCACCAAAUAUUCCACCCUGUGGGCUGUUGUGGGCGAAGCGCUGACCCAAGACCCGACGACACCCUUUCGUGCGAAGACUUCGGACAUGCUUCGGCGCUUGCGCUUGGACUUGCAGGAAGCACUGGCAGCCCCCAAAUCACUCGACCUUCUUACCGUGUUGAAGGCGUACUGUGGACUAAUUGGGCGUGGGUCACUCGUCGUGUCGGACGUCGAAGGGGCACUGCUCUUCCGCGUUAUCGGCCAGGAGUGCCAGCAACGACGCCACCGCCGCGACGGACCGCGGAGCUCCCGCUUUGUCCAGCUAGCGUUUACCACGAUCGUGUUGGUGUGUUUGAGUAAACUGUCGCAACCCGUCGAUGCCGCCACGACCCAAUUGACCAAGGAGGCGCGGCAGCUCAUUGGACUUCUCUACGAGCUGGACGCGCCCAACUCCGGGUCGCUUUUUCUCAUGAUGGCGCUUCUGCUGUACACCAAGCCUGGGAUGGUGAUCGACCUGCUCCGAUCCGUACUCGAUAGCCACAUUGUGGUGCAAGCAGACCGCGUUCCUGUAUUUGGCGAGUUUGUGCUGAAGUUGGACUUUACCGAGCCUGUUUUGGUCCAUGGGCUGCUCGCCAUGCCUGGAGACGCCACCACAGGAAGCGUCAAUGCGACGAUGGUGGCUCCUCUGCGGGAGUGGACUCUCCGCGUCGCGUAUUCGUUGCUGUGUGAACGAUCGUUUGUUCGGCACAAGGUCAACCCGAACGACUGGCUCGUGCAACACCAAAUCGACAAAGCGUCGCUGCCCAUCCAUCCGAUUUUGCCCAAUUUGGUCGUGGAACUCGUGGAAAACCACGUCGGCGCGUACGACAUGACGACGCAACAGUCGUCGAUCCCGCCGCUGCGGCAUGCGCUCGUCCUCGACGGCAUCAAGGCGGUGCUCCAAACGUCAUGUCCCGCACACGACGUCAGCAACCACUCGAUCACGUGGGCGCGAGCAACCCUCCUUCUCGUGUACGCAUUGCAUUUUAACCGACGUCAUGUCAAAGACGCCUCGAGCCGCAAGUACGACCUCCACGCGGUCCCCAUCGCGCGCAUCUACCACACUGCCGCAAGCCAGAGCCACGUCGGUGGUGCGUUUGAGUUUGUCUUCCCAGUGCUCUCGCGACUUGUCUUGGACGAAUCGCCCCAUGUAUUGCAAGUCCAAAUGCACGCUGGGGGGGCGCCAUCGGAGAUUGGCGUCAUCUUGCGGCCGUCGCAUGUGACCCUCCAGCAAAUGUAUGGCCAACUAAAGCAGCAGAAGGAGCUUGCCCCGUCGGACAUGCCCGCCGUUCGAGACCUCCUCUGCGACCUUGAGCUCGUCCCCGUUGACCAGGUAGUGCCGUGGCUUGACUGGCUUGCUCGGUCAGCGCUGCCAGUCGCGGUGGGACCCAUCAAGGAGGAUCCGACGCCGACAAUCUUCCUCCCUCCCCGAGACAAACUAGCGCGGCCAUCGGUAUCGCUCGAGUUCCCUGAAGUGUGUGGUCUCAUUGAAGCUGUGAUCUCUCGCACGUGGCGCAGCCAUCCCACGCCGGACGCUUUGCAAUUGCAUUUGGUGAAUGCGCUCUGUCCCGACGCCAUUUACUCGUACCAGGACCUCCUCGAAGAGCCGUUCUCCAUCCUGCGAUGUGACCCACGUGUUUGGCGGCACGGUCCAUUGCUCAAGUUGCUCUUGGCGUUGCUGACCACGUUUCGACGAGUCUCUAGCAUGCAUCUCCGCCAACUCAACACGGAAGAUGCCUUGCACCCCACCGCUGUCGACGUUGGCCAGUACAUCCUCGUGCAAGACGCUAUUCUUGUCCAUGCGCUGCUCAACGUGGUCGCCCGACUCAACGCGGAAGAAGCGUACCCCCAAUGUCGGCACAUUUACCGAUGGCUGGACACGGCUUUUCGUCAAGCGCCGUCCGUGUUGCUUGCCGUUCAUGCGCAGGGGUACGCAAAGGGACUGAUCGGGUUGUUGGUGGCGGCCGUCCCGUCCAUGGUCGACCUUGUGCCGUCGCUUCCAGACUUGUUGAGCUGCAACGACUUGGCCAAGCUGUCGUUUCGAUGCCACGUCGCGAGUGCGUUGUGUCGCCAGUACCGAGAAGCAGUGCCGAUCGCAGUCUUGAAGACUGUCGUGGCCAAAGUGAAACUCGUGUACGACACAGACAGAUCCCAGACAACGGACAAGUUGCUCAGCACGGACGUGCUAGCUUUUCUCAUCGACGUGUUACCAGCUUUGGGUGCGAUGGCGGUGGCAUUCUGUGACAUUGCCGAGGAGUGCGUCCAGCUCUUGAUGAAGCUGCGAGCGCAAGUCAACCACCAAAUUGCCGACACGCUCAGCAACAACGCUGCCGUGACCAAGCUUGAAACGACCGUCCAUCAAGUAUUUGCCCAGAUCAUUCGAUCCACAGAGGAGUAACGAGUACAAUUCCAUGAUCGAUCCGUGCUUUGGCAUGGAGAAACACGCA